AUGAUCGAAUGGUCAAACGAGAGCGGGAAUGGUCAACAAUUGCAUCAGAUUGGGUUGCAGGCGAAUCCCAGUCCCACCUAUCCACAACAGGGAGUGAUUGGCCCAGAGCAUCGGCUGAAAAGAUUCUGUCGAUGCAUGUCUAGAGGAGCACCAAAGAAAUCCAAGGAGAGCCGGCUUGAAAGACCGAAGAAUCUUUUGGACGCGGUACGGAUGCCGGGAUGGGAGAAGCAACUCUACAGAAGGCAACCAUUCAACGACACUUAUUCGGGCGGUGACGAGUGCUUUUUGAACGAGUUGCGCAAAAAUGUUUCCGUCGUCAAAUAUUCCUGGUGCUCGGCGGUUCUUGGUGCUUUUCAUCUAACAACUCAUCUUAAUGUCGUUUUACUCUACUUUGUUUUAUUCGAGGCAAUCUACAACGAAAAUAUGCACUUUGAUACAUUGUUAUGGAGUUAUGUCGGUAUCACCGUUUCUUGUUAUUUAUUCUACAAUAGCGUACUCCGACCAAAAGACGAGAUGCGAAAAAAAUGGGAAGAGCUGAGGGAUUUCUUGACGCUUUUCGUUUUUGGAUAUGCUCUCACGCCGAUUAUCAGAACCCUUACCACAACGAUUAGCACGGACACGAUUUACGCGUUAGCCAUCAUAUUCGCCUUGGUCAGCUGCAUAUUUCACGAUUACGGCAUUCGAGCACCAAUUGUCUCAACUCCAGUGAGUGUUUCGUGUGGUUUAUGCUCAUCGGUGCUGUUGAUUUCCCGGCUGAAAGACUCAUCGUCGGCUUUCCUUUUGCUCGCCAUCUCGUUCUCCCAACACUCGCUGUCGCCAAUCUUUCAAAACGCGCUGAUGAACAAGUAUUCUCGAAUGCAAGCUUUACUCGGUCUCAUCUUGUCAGGCCUUUCUUGUGUCACUUUGUGGGAGAUGAAUGCUGUACUUUCAAUCAUUUGGGCGAUUGUCGUUAUUUUUGUUGUCGUCAUUUGCCCUUUGCUUCUGAUAAGACUGCAGCAUCGCAAAAGCACGAUUCACGGUCCAUGGGAUGAAGCUGUGCCGGCUCGGAGUGCUUCCGAUCUCCUCAAA